CCGCAGCAGGCCGACCGCCUUGGUUUUGCUGGCUCUUGGAGGCGCUCUGGCGGGCAGCAGCCGCCUCCUGGAAUCAGUGACCGACACGAUUUCUGUCGGAACCACCACCCCUCCAAACAAACCACAUUGCAGACUACAGAAAUAGCAACCCCUUCGGUUCGGCCAGUUUUCCACCUGCAAACCAUUGCUAUUUACGCCGAUAUUCACAUUAAUUCUACUGCUUCCACCACUACAACUUAUCUUGCAGCUCUACAUCUCCCGCGAUCGACGCCUCGGCCACACCAGUGUCUCGCUUCUCCUCCCCGCCUCGCUAUACCAUCGUCCCAACUACCGCCCGCCAAAUAACAAUUAUACCCCUUCAAAAUGGCUCAAGCCGGAGGUUCAUACAACAACCCCUUGAAGAAGUUCAAGCUGGUCUUCUUGGGGGAACAGAGUGUCGGAAAGACAUCGUUGAUUACAAGAUUCAUGUACGACUCGUUUGACAAUAUGUACCAGGCUACCAUCGGCAUUGAUUUCCUGUCCAAGACAAUGUACCUCGAGGACCGAACAGUGCGCUUGCAGCUUUGGGAUACUGCUGGACAGGAACGUUUCCGAAGUUUGAUUCCCUCGUAUAUCCGCGACUCUAGUGUUGCCGUCGUCGUGUACGAUAUUUCUAACGCAAAAUCUUUCCAAAAUACAAAGAAGUGGAUUGACGAUGUCCGAGCCGAGCGUGGAAACGACGUCAUUAUUGUCCUUGUCGGCAACAAGACUGACUUGAACGACAAGCGCGAAGUCACAACGCAGCAGGGUGAAGACGAAGCCAAGAAGAACAACCUCAUGUUUGUGGAAACCAGUGCCAAGCUCGGCCAUAACGUCAAGAACCUCUUCAAGAGAAUAGCGCAGGCUCUCCCCGGCAUGGAGGGCACCGAUGCCGCCGCUCAGGCCUCUAACCAAAUGAUUGAUGUCAAGACCAACACGCAACAGGCCCAAGAAGGCUGCUCAUGUUAAUAGACCAUCAAGACGAGUAGACGACAAAAAUGAAAAGCGCCGGGCCGAGAUGGAUUGCCGCAAACCCAUCGUCACGCGACAACCUUACGCACCAUCCAUUUUAACCCCAUGUCAGUGGCGAUGGCGUUCCUCUUGCAAUUGUAAUAGAUAAUUAGGAUAGAAGACUGAGCUGA